AUGGAUUUGCUCUCCCGACCAGAUGACUACCGUCCCUACCACCCAAUUGCGGAUGGCCUGUCGUCUAUCAUCUCCACCCCCAUAGCCGCCCAUCAGCAAAAUGGUGCUGCUGCGUCGCCCCCAAACCUCGUCCAUAGAGAUGACGCCUUUCGAUCGGAUGUUUUACCCUUAGAAACCCGUCACUUGUCAUCAGAUGGCAGAGAAUCGUCUUCCAACGCCGCUGAUGCUGGUUCAGACGGUGGAUCCAUUGGCGGCGCGUCGCUCCAGCUCGCCAGCCUCUAUCUCCCCGAACCUGUCUGGCCGCUAAGUUCGGCAUCAGAGGCCAUGCUGUUCCGGCAUUUUACUCAUAGCCUUGCACCAUGGCUCGAUCUCUGUGAUCCUCUUACCGUCUUCCAAACCGUCGUGCCGCGACGGGCAGGGACUUGUCCCGUGUUGCUCAAUGCAAUCUUUGCACUUGCUGCUCGGCAUCUCAGUCACACAAGCGGCUACGACCACUUUGCCGCAAAUCGUUACCAUGACAUGUGUCUGAGCUCGCUCAUUCCCCUUCUGCAGGAUGGUGUCGGCUUUUCGGACGAGAACCUUUUCGCAGCAACCAUCAUUCUCCGGGUCCUAGAGGAAAUGGAAGUGAGGAACAUGGGUGUCGACACCAAGGGCUACCUUCUCAGCAUCCACAAGUUCGUUGGCCAUGGUGAUCGUUAUAUUGCACCGCACAGUCUCUCCGCUGCAGCUUUCUGGGUCGGGCUCAGGCAGGAGAUCUACAGCGCUGUCAUGAACCACCAGCCAGUUCGCGUCAACAUAGAGAUACCAAUCGUCGACAGGUCCUUGGAGCCCACAGAUGACGAUGCCACCUGGGCCAACCGUGCAGUUACGCACUGCGCCGACGUGCUGAACUUUUGCUUCAGUCAAGACUACGACGUUUCCCAGAGCCCGGGAUCGGGAAGCGGCGACAGGGCCACAGGGUCGAGCGGCGGCACGUUUUCCACUGCUGAGAGAUGGCGCAGAUUGAGCGACUGGGGGCGGGCCUGGCAGAUGUCUCUCCCCAAGUCUUUUGUGCCAAUACUGGACAAGAAGCGGUCUGAAAAGGAAGCGUUUCCCGAGGUCUGGUACCAGACAUCGUGUCAGAUCAUUGGAAUCCAGCACCACAUUUUAGCCGAGCUUUUCCUCACCAUGUUUGACCCAAAUAUUCCUCGAAUAGGAGGACAGAGAAAGUCAGCAACACGGCGCAUGACGCGUCACAUUCAGCACCUGGUCCGUCGUUUAUGUGGCAUCGGCCUUCACAACGAGUGGUCACCACCAGCACUCUUUACUGCUUGCAUGGGGGUAGCGGCCUUCGGUGACCGAUUCGAGAAUAGAAAAGAUCAGGAUGCUCUUCUGGAGAUACUUACCCGUACUUCACGAGACCAUGCACGGCCGACUGAAUCCGUGCAGAAACAGAUGAUGGAAUCGUGGGGAUGGGUCGGAGACGACAACAACAAUGACGGCGUUGAAAACGAUAACGACUGA